CCGUGCGGCGGGCGCCGGGGCUGCCGCGGGGAGAGCGGGCGGUGGGACCCCUGCCCGGUGGGACCCCUGCCCGGUGGGGAACCCUGUCCGGCGGGGACCCUUGCUCGGCAGGUACCGCUGCCCGGUGGGGACCCUUGAUCAGCGAGGACCCCCUGCCCGGUGGGACACUCUGCUCGGCAGGGACCCCCCUCCCGGCGGGAUCCCCUCCCGGCGGGGACCCCCUGCUCGGCGGGAUCCCCGGCCCGGUGGGGACCCCUGCCCCGCCGGCGGGACGGGCUCGGCGGCGCAGCAUGGGCAGCCUCCAGCUGCAGGACUUCGCGGCGGGCUGGGUGGGCGGAGCUGCCAGCGUGGUUGUGGGCCACCCCCUGGACACAAUCAAGACUCGUUUGCAAGCUGGACAAGGGUAUGGAAAUACACUCAACUGUGUUCUCACUGUGUACAGAAAUGAGUCUGUGGCUGGUUUCUUCAAAGGCAUGUCCUUCCCUCUGGCCAGCAUCGCUGUCUACAGCUCGGUGGUGUUCGGCGUCUUCAGCAACACGCAACGGCUCCUCAGCCAGCUCCGCCACGGAGACCCAUCUCGCACGCCAGCACUCGCCGACGUGGCUCUGGCCAGCAUGGUGGCAGGGUUCAUCUCUGUGGGCAUCGGCACUCCUGUGGACCUGGUAAAGAUAAGGCUACAGAUGCAAAUGCAGCCGUACAUCAAAGGUAGGAAGCAAGCAAACAUUAAGCUAAAGCCCACAGUUCCUGGAUUUCCUGUGUACCGAGGCCCAAUUCACUGCUUUAGGACAGUCCUACAGAAAGAGGGGAUAGCAGGAAUAUACCGAGGCGCGGGAGCAAUGCUUCUGAGGGACGUUCCUGGGUACUGCCUCUAUUUCAUCCCUUACACAUAUUUCUGUGGCUGGAUUACCCCUGAUGGAUGCAUUUCCCCUAAUCCCUCCUCCAUCUGGCUGGCAGGGGGUAUAGCAGGAGCCAUUUCCUGGGGGACUGCUACUCCAAUGGACGUUGUGAAAAGUCGACUUCAGGCAGAUGGAGUUUAUUUAAACAAAUACAAAGGGACCCUUGACUGUAUCUUGCAGAGCUACCAGAACGAGGGCUUAAAACGUUGCCAAGAAGACCUGAAAGUCUCCUACUUUCCUGAGCCAAAUCAGAAGUGUGGUGUUGGUGAGGGCUCAGCUGCUCUGACUGAACACUCUGCUCCUGCACCUAUGGCAUCUGCUUUCUCUUCUGCCACGGACUUAGUCCCUGGAGGACUCAAAAAACUGCAACAGCUCAAUCAAGUCCAAAGCCCAUUUUCUUAUAAAAUCUUUGCUGUCUAUGAACACCUUAAUAAUUCCCACGUUGGUGUUGGGCUUUUGCGCCAAUGAUGUUUUGUGCAUUGAGCUGAGAGAACAACUUACUUCCCUUACCCACACGAGUGAGAUAUACCCAACACCAGACCACUCAACAUCAGCUGAGGAAGCGUCUUUCAUACAACACUGUGUAUCACGCUCAUCUUUUUUUGCGGAUAAGGAAAGGGAGAGGUGUGAUGGGUGUGCAGUUGCUUUUUUAUAUAGGAAAGUCUGGAUUCCCACCAAAUCCCAGCUUGCUUUUGGGACCAAAGAAAUGGAUGACUCUACCUGUAUGAACGAAUACUUAUGUUUUACAUCACAGAACGCUCCUGUUUGCCUUAAUUCAGGCAAGAUUAUCAUGAAAAGAUGUGAAGGGCUUCAACAACUUCAGUUUGUUAUCCAAGAUAUUAAUUAAACUGGCAGACAGGAGGAUGUUAAAUUCAGAGACUAAGCUGCUAUUUUUCUUCUGAAAACAAUAAAACAAGUCUGCAUUCCAUAUAGAUGGCUGCCUAUUAAUUUACCUAACUCAUCUUGUGCAGCCCUCCAGGGACCUGCUAGAGGUAUCUUCUUAGACCGUCUGAUUUCCCUGACGUGACAGUCCAGCUUGCCAACGGCCAAAUCCUGCAGACGUCACUUUGCAGCCUUGAGAGACCACCGGCAAAGGAAGUCUCUUUAAAGGAUGCAGUUUAUCCCAAACUAUUCUCUAAAAUGCACAGGCCAGCUUCAGACCUCCAGCUCUUUGCUGCAAUUCCACUGAGAUGACUGGGGCACCCCAGGUCUCUCUUUGGUCUACCUCAGCCUUUCAAUUAUUCCAAGAUUUUUUACAUCAUGACUAUUCCAUGGUUUAUUUUCUAAUCAUGGAGCUUCUGAUGCCAAAAACCAAGAAGAACCUAGCUCUGCUAGGACGAGAGGACUCUGGUGGCACUGGCAGGAGAGGCUGAGGGGUAACAGCCUCGCACGCAGAGGGACAUGCAGCAUGGGGGAACAGUCUGGGACAACAUUGUCCUCUGGGAAAUGUAUGGUUCCCCCCAUCUUCCUCUGGAGAAGAACAACUCUGGUGAAAAAGCCCAGCAAUGGCAGUUUUAGCAGAUGCCCUCAAUAAAGGUUUCUGAAGACAACCUGGAGCAGCUGUCCAGCUUUCCUCCAAAAAAGGAGGAGAAGCAAAGAGAAACUCCUGCAUCCUCUUCCCUGGAUGAAUGGAGGACUUGGUGACAAGACUUGAAGACCUCAGCGGAAAGUGCCUAAAAUCUUGGGUCUGGAGCAGUACCCAGAAAUGGGGUCCCCAACCUUGGACUCCUCUUUGCUGAGGCCUGAACUAAAACCAGAAGUGUGGCUUCCCACAACACCGGUCUUAAAAAGUGGGAGAAAGAGCUGGUGUUGCUUCAUCUCAGGACUUGCAGGCAAGGAGGCUCACAGUGCCUCUGAGCUUAGCGAGAACACAGGGAACUGUUUUUGAUAAACAAUAUGGAUAAAAUUGAUGAGCCUUCACACAAGUAUUUGCUGCUGGCUGCAUUUAAGGAUUCAUCCUUUCCAUGUUACCUAUUUUAAUGCAUAUACGUAAAACAUGUUCUCUAGAUGCGUAAUAUCAUAUGUCUCCAGGGAUAAUACUCGGGGAGACUGGUUUUUCAGUGCAGAUAAAUGAUGUUGUUUAUCUGCCUGCAUUAUGUAAAAUGGACCGUGAAUUAAUUAAACUGAUGAGGUUUGCAA